AUGUCUGAUGGAAAACUGAGCAAGCAGUCAAGUAAGAAAUCUUCUCAGAGUCAAAACAUUUAUGUUAUGAGCCACAAGGUAAUUCAUCAACUUCUUGUGGAUAGUUUGAAAUGGUACCAUGAAAAUUUCUUAAAUAAGCCUGUUGAUCCUGAGUAUUAUGUUGACGCUACUUCUAAAGUUGAAUCAAGAGAAAAAAUUCUCAAACAAUUUGCAAACCACAACUUGUUGAAGUUUAUUGGUAUGAGCAAGAAAUUUAAUCAUUAUCAUGUUAAUGCUUUUUAUUGCAACCUUGAACUUACUACUGUUGGACUUAAGAGUGGAUUCAACGACAGUGUUGUGAAAUUUUCAUAUGGUGAUUUUACUAAGAAAAUUGGUUUGACUUCUUCUGGUUCAAGUAUCAUUGAUAUUAGAGAUUCUAGUUAUGAUAUAUUUCACUUUGUUUUUCUAUUUCCAUGUCGGUGGUUGAGAACCUUGUUGUUUAUGGAGAUUAAUGGUAUUGUUUCUAAGGAAGAUGAUUUGUUUGAGGCUAGGGAGAGACCUAUCCCAUGGAGGUGA